CCACUCUCUUCGUCAACAUGUAGCUACAGAACAUGUCUUAUCUGAGUUCGAUAGAUCUGGUCUGAGUUCUUGAAGGCGCACUGUUUGACAGCCAUGGAGGAAACGUUACAGAGCUGAAACGACUCCACUUUUCCUUUGACAGCAUUUGUCUAACACCAAAUGGCGUCUGUUUUGGAGGAUCCAACCCUCGAGAGACACUUCAAAGGCCAUAAAGAUGCUGUCACUUGCACAGACUUCAAUCCAAAUCGCAAACAACUGGCCUCAGGGUCAGCAGAUAAGACUCUGAUGAUCUGGAACCUGGCUCCUAAAGGGAGGGCUUUCCGCUUUGUUGGCCACCAAGAUGCCAUCACGUCAGUGCAGUUCUCUCCGUUUGGUAACCUGGCAGCCACUUCCUCCAAGGACAAAACAGUCCGACUGUGGACCCCAACCAUGAAAGGAGACUCAACUGUGUUCAAAGCUCACACAGCUGCUGUCAGAAGUGUUGCCUUCUCUCAUGAUGGUCACAGACUGGUGACAGCGUCUGAUGACAAGUCUGUCAAAGUGUGGAGUGUUCAGCGGCAGUGCUUUGUCUACUCUCUCACCCAGCACACCAACUGGGUGCGCUGUGCCAGGUUUUCUCCAGAUGGGCGGCUGAUUGCUUCCUGUGGGGACGACCGCACGGUUCGACUGUGGGACACAUCCACCAAACACUGCAUCAACUGUUUCACUGACUAUGGAGGAUCAGCAACGUUUGUUGAUUUCAACUCAAGUGGUACCUGCAUCGCAUCCUCAGGAGCUGACAGUUCCCUAAAAAUCUGGGAUCUACGCACAAACAAGCUGAUUCAGCAUUAUCAAGUCCACAGUGCAGGAAUCAACAGCUUUUCCUUUCAUCCGUCCAACAAUUACCUGAUCAGUGGCUCCAGUGACAGCACUGUGAAAAUCCUGGACCUGCUGGAGGGACGCCUCAUCUACACCCUCCAUGGACACAAGGGUGCUGUACACACAGUCACCUUUUCCAGGACUGGAGACCUCUUUGCCUCAGGUGGAGCUGAUCGUCAGGUGCUGAUGUGGAGGACGAACUUUGACACCAGAUCUUACCAGGACGUCCUGCAGCAGCACAGCCGGAGGUCCACCCCUGAUCCACCGCCGCACCUGACUGACAUUCACCCUAGAGGACCCCACCUUCACCACCAGCAGCCCAGAGCCAUUCAGAUUAGUCAAACGGUAGCAGACACUCAGUCCACCGAUCCUCCUGUCAUUGAGGUGGGCCCAGGUUCUCACAGCACCAAGCUUUUCAAUGGUGGAACACACCCAGUGCCCCUGCACACUGCCGCCAACAGUCAUCACUCCAACGGUCUGCUGCCAUGUCACAUGACCACUUCCAGAGCAGAAGCAUGGAUGGAAGAAGAGAGCGUUGGACCGGCAGGUGCAACAGCUGGGACCCAGACAGGGAUCAGGGAGGGGGAGAGAGGAAGGAGAGAAGAAGAUGAAGAGGAGAGAGGGCAGACACACCCACUAGAGGUUCUCUCGGAUCCUCCAUCGAAUCUGGACCUUACCCUGAGACACAUCGUUCAACAGCUGGAUAUUCUCACACAGACGGUUUCCGUGCUUGAGGAGCGUCUCACCCUGACUGAGGACAAGCUGAAGGAGUGUCUCAUCAACCAGAGCCAGAUCCUCAAAGACGUGCGGUCGUCAGAGGAGAGGCAGAGGACGGAGAGUGAGGGGACGGAGGGAUCACCUGAAGAUUUCACAUGAGGACGUCCUCGGCCUUGCUCACACUGCAGCACAGAUGAGCGUUUGUGCUUCUUAAAGGGAUAUUUCAAAUACUUCUUCUAAGUUGGUUGUAUAAGGUAAAUUGUAAUACUAGUGGUGUUGGCCUCCAGAGAUUUCAGUGUGUUUCCUCUUUAAGGAGAGCGUACUGGAAGCACCAACAGUGAAGCUAGAUUAUACUGUGCUGCAGACAGGUACAGUUUCUCUGCUUACUUUAGCCAGUUUAAGGUAAAAAUGGGUCAAAAAAACAAUGUUGGCACAAAUUUACAAGGGCUGUCAAGAUUAAUCACUCAACACCACUACUAUUACUAAGUUCUUAUACAACAUGACUUUAAAAAUACCAAAAUAUCCCUUUAACCCAAGGACUGCAUAAAUGUGUGGGUUUUUGUACAUAUGUGCGUGCGUCUAUGGUUUCUUAUGUCCACCUCGGUGGUCUCUCUCAGGGUCAGUGGGUUAAUCAGGAUUUGAGCAGAGCUUUAAGUGUGUGUGCGAGUGUGUAUGACUGUGUGUGCUGGGGAGGAUACAAACAUCUUUUCUCCAUGUCUCUCUUCACUUCUUAAAUAUCUCCAGCUGUACAGCCACGCUCAGUCUGGCUGAGACAUUCCUCUUCUGUGUCUGUGUGUUGUGGGUGUUACGUCCAGUGAGGACAGCUGCAGCUAUGAAAACAGACGGUGCAUGUCUGCAGCAUGACCUCUCUUUAGCUGUGUAUUUACAUGUGUACAUUUGUGCAUUAGCAGAUGUUUUAUUAGCUUCCAGCUGCGUUUGCAAUAACUUCUUAUAUUUGCACCUCGUUUUUAUUAUUUGAAAUGAAGUUGUGCUUCACAAUGACCUUUAAUACACAUGAAGUAGAACGCUUACUAUGA